AUGGCAAGUCCCACAGAUGUUAUUGCAGAUGCAUUUCAGAAGCUCAAACGGUCUCUUUCAGAGGACGAUGCGUAUAACUUUGCCUCGACCGAGUUGCAAGAUGUGUGGGUCACGGUGCGAGAGAUAGAUAGUGAGCAACGAAAAAGACAAUCUGCCCAGAACUUGCGAAGAGUGGACCCUUUGUUGCGAGGACUCGAAAAGUAUCGGAAAGUGAUUGAAGUGCUGUGUAAUGGCACACCGUAUAUGCCGUAUAUUUGGGUAUGCAUUAACCCCUCCACGAGGACAUGUGUAGCUAACUAUGGCUAGGCCCCCAUCAAGCUGAUGCUUGAGGUUUGUGAAUAAUUCUUAAGCUUGCUCUACAGAAGCUAAAUCUUGAUCAGAUUGCAAUUCAUCAUCGAGAUGUCUUUGAGGCUUUGCUAUCAGCCUAUGCUGAUAUUGCUGCUGCCCUGCCACGGUUUGACUGCUACAAUAAAACCUUUCAUGACAAUCUAGAGUUUCAACACGCGCUUGCUGCAGUUUAUUCAGGAAUACUAGAGUUCCAUCAACGUGCAUACAAAUUCUUUCGACGGAGAGGUGAACUAGCCCUUUCUCAAUUCGUUCUACGAUCGAACGACUAAAGCAUCCGAGGGCUGAGACAAGCAAAUCAAUUGGAGAGUAGAUGUGGCUAGCCAGUGUUUGGCUAUCUAAAAUCUUUCGAAAAGGGGUUUGUUCUCUCGGGUGCCUUAUGAUACUUUCAUCCAAUAGCUACCAUUUACAUCCACAUCCAUUUGCAAUUUGGCUUCACUGCUAACACCGAUGCACAGCUUGGCAUGUCAUAUUUCUCUCCCUUUGAAGGACUUCGGAGCACGCUUCGAUUGCAUAAUCAAUUCCUGAAGAAACAACGAGACUUCGUUGAUAUUGAAGCUGCUUCAUUUCAUAUCGUCCAGCAGAAAGAGUCUCGUAGCAAAUUGCACGAAGGCAUUCAGCACAACACGAAGCUGGCACUGGCAGCAAUUGAACAGAACGAAAAACAAGCCAGAAUCUUUCAGCUUCAGCACUCUAUCGCCUGGCUCGGUGUUGAUGGGAGAGUCCAAGAAUCGGAGUACGAAAGAUUAUCGAAAAGGCGGCAAGACAAAACCUGUGAGUGGAUAAUGAAGGAAGCCAUUUUUGAAAAUUGGAUCAGAGAUGACUUGAAACGAUCAUGCCUCUGGCUCGACGGGAAGCCAGGUUCUGGUAAGCCGCAUGGGGAAAUCUGCAGUCACUACUAACAUAAAAACAGGCAAGAGUGUUAUGUGCUCGUACCUCAUCCAAAAACUCACCGCCAUUCCCGACUUGACCGUCAGCUAG